AUGGAUGAACUGGUCUUCCCUGCCUCCUCCAGCAGCUGUCCUUCCCCGGCCUCGUUCUCCAACGCCGGACACCACCAGGAGCACGAGUUCGUGCCCUGUGAUGUCCUGGAGGGAUGGCUGGGGGGCGACGACUGGCUGGACGAGCCCCCAAAUGGCGUCAAAGUCACAUGGGGUGGCGAGGGCUCGCGCUCGCCGGGCAACGACCACCUGUCCGGCGAACCGGCAGCACCUGCGCUGAAGAGGCGUGGCAGGAAACCAGGGUCCCGCAACAACAUCAACGGCCCCGCCCUCUGCCAUGUGGAGGCGGAGCGGCAGCGGCGGGACAAGCUCAACCGCCUCUUCUGCGAGCUCCGGGCCGCCGUGCCCACCGUGUCCCGGAUGGACAAGGCAUCCGUCCUCGCCGACGCCACCACCUACAUCGCCCAGCUGCGUCAACGCGUUGAGCAGCUCGAGGCCGAUGCCAAGAAGAAGGCCGCCGCCGCCGCUCUCACGACGGUGGCACCCUCGCACUCGUUCAGCAGCAGCAGCAGCCUCGGAGAGAAGAAGCUGGAGGUGCGGAUGGUCGGGACAGAGGCGGCGGCGCUGCGCCUGACGACGACCGCGGCGGCGCGCCACGCCCCCGCGCGCCUCAUGCUCGCGCUCCGGUCGCUGGACCUGACCGUGUCGCACGCGUGCGUGUGCCUCGUCGGCGGCAUGACCGUGCAGGACGCCGUCGUGGAAGUGCCCGCCGCGCUGCGGGACGACCGCGCCCUUCGCGCCGCGUUGCUCCACAGGCUGCAGCGGACCAGCUAG